GCAAGCAGGCAGCCCUAGUCGAUGCCAAGGCCCCGGCACUCACGCAGCAGCUCAAUGAAGUCGCAGGAGGAGCCACCACGGCCGCUAUGAGACUGCUGCCGCUGACGGACCGGGAUCAGGCCAAAGCGCUGGGCUCGUCGAGGACGGCUACCGCCACCACGCUGGUCCUACUGGCCGCGCUGCUCGCUGCGCCGCCCGCGCUGAGCAGUGGGGCCCGCGUCGAGAGACUUUCUACCAGAGCGGGAACUCGGAGUCUGAGCUUCCCGAGUGCGGCCCGCGCGCCGUGUGCAACCGCGUGGACACUUACGGCACCCCGUGGGUGGAGCGCCAGUGCCGCUGCCCGGGAGGUCAAAGCUGCCCGCGCAGCCUCGACGCCCACGACGGCCACACGGUGCGCGACAAGUGGCGCCUGCUCAAGCUGUGCGAGCCCGUGGACGACCUGCCCCGCUGCCGGUACUUCAGGGACGCCGCCUGGACCGUGCAGGCGUCCCCGUCGAACGGCACAAUGCAGCAGACGGUGCACUGUCUGUGCCCACGUGGCUCGGUGGCCUACAUCUUCAAGCACCGGCAGCCGCAGUUGAAAGGCUCCAAUCCGCAAGCUACACCAUCCGUCCUACGCUACGCCUUCGCCUGUUCGCCACUGAGCAGGCUGCGCUGUCAGCGGAAGGAGCCCUGCCGCCUGUUCACGGUGCGCAAGAGGCCCGACGUGGAGGAGGUCAACGCCAGCACGCUCUGCCAAUGUCCCCGGGGAUGGCACUGCCCCGGCAAGCACACCGAGGCCGUGCCCGGACCACGGUACGACCGGGUACGGACGUACUCGGCCUACUGCACCGCGCCCGACCACUGAUCGCGAUGUAGCGGGGCGUGAGACCCCGGCGCCCCCGCCACAUGUCACAGAAAAAAAGACACUUUGCCCGUGCAUCGAGGAAUCACGAUAGUCCACUGAUGAAAGACCUCUACCGUGAAUUUGCCGUAGACUGUGCUAUCCAGCUUCAAGGAUCGCGUUUAGCAACGGACGCAAGUCUUCUAAACCGUUUCUCGUCACGGCUGAGACAAGCUGCCGAAGCCAAACCGACACAAUUCAGCAGCAACGUCGACAGUGAACCAAUCCUCGUGGACAUUCAAUACCUUGCGCCCAAACAUGAAACGCUCAUCGAUGGAACAAAACGAAAGGGAAAAAGGACAAGGUAGGAUCAGAAGAAGACAGCGUUCUCGCAGAUCAGAAUUCGCCAGCGAAAAUCGCCCGAAAGCGAGCAUUCGAAAAGCUUCUUUAGUUAAAGGCAUACACGAGUCAUUCGAAGAGAAAAGGCUGGGUUCCAUGGACGGAGCAUGAAGACAGCAAAGGAAGCAUACGGACUCUCGAAUGUGACGAAGGGUGACGUGCAAACGGAAUCGCAGGACCGGUGACAAAUCGCAUGGAAAAAAAAAAAAAAAAAGCUGUGGCGACUGAGCAACGAUGACUAACGCCUUCAACCAGCAGCCCAGAAGAAGUCAGUGUUCCUCAUUUCGCGCACGCAGCAAAAAGGAGCGGAGCCUCUCUGCCCCGAGGCUUCUUCUCUCUGCGCUCAAGCAAGUUGCAAGCCUCCGUCUGGUAGCAAUUCGUGUCCGAAGAAGGCAAGCGUAAAUUAGCGGGAGAGAAGAGCGAGCGGCGCAUGCAGUGCUUGUCUGCAGGGAGGGCCGGCCAAGAAAGGAAGGAAGAGGGGGCCUCCGAAGUCAUUCGUCGCGGUGGGUAGCCUGGCACAUCCCAUCGGCGCCACACUGACUCAAGAUGGCCGAAGGCCUGGGCGUGGUCACAUCCGAGAAGCAGCGUGGACUCCAUGCCUGCCAACGCGGAAGUCGCCGAAACGCUCACGGCCGAAACAGGACACCGCAACCUUCGAGCCCAGCAACAUUGGCAGUUGGUAUAACACGCACGAAGACGCCGAUUCCGCAGAAAACACGGGCUGUGGAGCUACACCUUGGUAUAGUAAGGACGGAGGAAAAGAAAGCCACUUUCGUCCGUGACCAUACCUAAAUUCUCCGCUUCUCACAAGGAACGUUCCGAGGGCGUCAUGGCGUCUGCGGCCGCCAAAAAUACACAAAGGGACAGCGGAUGUUUGCAUACGGGCUGUGCAUACGGGUUGAGAGCAGCCGGCGACAGUUUCGGACGAAGCAGGGUCUUAUUCGUAGUGAGUACUCAGUGAGGACCUGAACUGUGUGGAGACGAUGUCGCCGCAAUGCAUUGUCGCUUGAUCGAGGGAGCUGCCGACCGACAAACCAGUCAGCGCAACAGACACUCCGGUUGCGCUGACUGGUUUGUCAAUGGAAGUAUAAGCACGCGCGAAAUAGGACCCGCCCUCCUCGGAGCGCUUACGAAAAAGGCCACCGGUGCGACUCUCUAAGGCCUACUGGUGCUGGAUGCAAAAAGCGUGGACCAGGGUGUGCGGAGGGAGGACUUCUGCAAAUAUGGGCAAUGGCAAACACUUCGUGAACGAACUCGAAAAGUUGAAUUCACAAAACGGGCAUGAAUCCACGCGCUCCGCCAAUACGGGUCGGUGCUGAAACGGGGCUGUCUGACGCGUGCAGGGACGACAGAAGGGGAAUUUCGCCGUUGUGUGGUGUGUGUGUGUGAGUGCGUGAACGUGUGAAUGGGUGCGCGUACUGCAAAAACAGGACCGAGCACGGCCGCUAGGUGCCGCUUCGGGAUCACCUGCAUGCGAUGAUGUUGUUCCGGUGGGACUUACGCCGUCUCAGCCACAACGGCCGGCAUCAAACUGCGCCUUCUUGUUUUUCUUGCUAUUUUACUGUAGAUAGACUUUCUUUCUCAAAAGAGGCGGAAAGAAAAUGAGUGUUGCCCGUUUUUUUACUUGUACAGAUGUAAAUAAGCCAGAAGGUUGUUAUCAAUAAAUAUGAUUAAUGAAAUCA